ACAAAACUAUUUAAAAUAUGCUAGCAUGCUAAAUUGUCGGCAAUAACUGUACAAAUGUCUUUAAAUAAUGGUCUUGGGAGCGUCAGCAAUGAAGCAGAAGCAAGCAGAACCUGAAGCAGAAGCAAACAUAAUAUAUGAAGCAAGCAGAUGCACACAAACGACCACUGAAGCACUUCAACGCCAUUACCUGCGAUGAUCACGAAUUGAGGUACGUAUACAGCUCGGGGAAACUUGGGAGCAAUGUGAACUUUGUGUAAUGUAGCCUUAGAUCUUAUCGUGCCAUUAAAGAGCAUCAUUUAUAUUUCAGAGAACGUUGUUGUAUGCGUUAAUUUCGCGGUAUUGAUACAUGUAUUUACCCUAUCUGGUCCAUUCGCAGAUAUGGCGACUCCAACAACGAGGAAAAAGACGCUUAUACCGCUUAUCGGCCAUCCUGAUGACAGAUUGAUGAGUGGAAGUCAACUGCCAUCACGCGGUGAGGCCCUCCGUCGUCUCUUCCAUAUCAUCCGUCACGACAGGCAGUUGACUGUGAAGGCCGCGGCUGAAUGUACCGUCGGAGAGAUACUGGAGGUCUGGAAUAUCGCCCGCAUCCCUACUCAUGAACGAAAGGUUUGUGUAAGUAAGCUGAUAUCUCUUCAUGGCCACUGGCGCAUGCUCAUGCGUAAUAAGAAGAAAAUGACGCCCGGUCCAGUCGCUCGGCGCGAGAUCUGGAAAAAGAGUCUGGACAAUCUUUUCGAUAUUGCACACCAAAGGGCCCUCGAACUAAUGAAGAACCAUGAAGACAAAGAGUUCCUCAUUGCACAACGUGAGGAGGGCCGCCGAGGAAAAAUGAUGGGCGUCGAUCGGCAGCUGACUGAGCUUGAACGGCGGCAGUUGAAGCGCGCCUCCGAAGCCAGCGAUCGUAGGACUCGGGAACAAGAACGCACGUCGGAGAUCAGCACUGUUGAGCUCUCGUCUAGCUCCAGUUCCUCAAGUCCCUGUCGCAAGUCAGCGGUGUCUGAUGCUGAUGACGAACCUCAACCAUCAACUUCUGCCACCUGCCCAGUGCCGCCGAAGCGCCGUCGCGGCAGGAAGAAGAUAAUUUCGCCAACCGUCGCCGCUGCCCUGGACCGCACAGGAAUCAGCGACCGCCAGACAGUGUAUGUCUUGUCGGCGGUGGCCGAGACACUCGGGCACGACGCCUCUGAACUCAUUGUGAAUCGAGAGUCAAUCCGGCAAUCCCGGCGGAGGCACCGGAAGCAAGCCGCUCAGGACAUCAAGGCGUCAUUUGCGCCAGACGUUCCUCUCGUUGUACACUGGGACGGGAAGCUGGUUCCCGACACCAUGACCAGUGGAAGCAGGAAAGUAGACCGUCUUCCAAUUUUGGUCUCUGGGGACGGCGUCGCCAAGCUGCUGUCCGUCCCCAAGCUCGAGAUCGGCAGUGGAGAGGCGAUGGCAAACGCUGUUGUGGAAGCCCUCAAGGAUUGGGGGAUUGCAGACCAGGUAGUGGGUAUGUGUUUCGACACGACGGCAUCAAACACAGGCCUGCGAUCAGGGGCUUGUGUGCUGAUCGAGCAGCAGCUCGGCCGCGAGCUGCUGCCUGCUGCCUGCAGGCACCACGUGCUUGAGCUCAUCGCCGCGAAGGCCUUCGGGAUCUGCCUCAACACCCCAUCGUCUGGGCCGGAUAUCCCACUGUUUAAACGGUUCCGGGACAAGUGGGACUGCAUCAAGCAUGACGAAUAUGCGCUUAUGAAAGACGACCAACUCACAGACAUCAUCAAAGACUCCCGGGACGACCUGAUCGCGGGUUUCAAGCUCCAUCUGUCGCAGCACCAGCCUCGUGACGACUAUCGUGAGCUCCUGGAGCUCUCUAUCAUCACGCUCGGCGGGGUACCUGACCGUGGCAUUCGAUUUCGACGGCCUGGAGCUCACCACCACGCACGUUGGAUGGCCAAAGUAAUUUACGCCCUAAAGAUCUACCUCUUCCGGGGUCAAGCAGGCCUCACCGCCAAGGAGAACGCCGGCAUCCUCCGAUUCGUCAAGUUUGCCUUGUCGGUCUACAUUCCCGCGUGGUACACCGCGCCGAGCCCAACAUCGGCCCCUAAGAACGACCUCGCCCUUCUGAAGACGUUGGCCGGGUACGAGGACAAGUCCCUCGCCAAGACGCUCCUCAGCGGCUUCGCCCGACGUCACUUGUGGUAUCUGAGUGAGAGCCUCGUCCCGUUGGGGUUCUUUGACGAGAGCCUACCACUGCAUGAAAAGCGGGCCAUGGUUGAGGCCCUCGCCUCGAACGAGGGUUCGGAGGACAUCACCAAGCGGGCAGUCGUUGAGCUCAGCGCAGACCUGACGCAGAAGACCCUCGCAGACUUUGUGACCACAUCGUCGCGGACGUUCUUCGUCACCCUUGGAAUUGACGACGGCUUCCUCGAGACCGACCCUGCCGAGUGGCAUGACGACCCCCGCUAUGUCGCCGCAGCGGGGAAGGCCAACGGCAUCACGGUGGUGAACGACUUCGCCGAGCGUGGCGUCGCUCUGAUGGAAGCCUACAAUUUGACCCUCACCAAGGAUGAGGACCAGAGGCAGUACAUCCUGCAGGUGGUGGAGGCACACCGUGGGAAUUUUCCGAACGCUAACAAAGGCACCGUCACCCGGCAACUGCAGUAAUGCGCGAUAGCAUUCGACCGCAGAUACUCAGAGUUGUCAGGAGGUCGAAGUUUUCCAACUGCCACAAGACCCAUUGAGACUUUUUAUCGUUUUACAAUACA